AUGGCUUACCAGCAAUACGAUCAAUAUGGUCAACAACUUGCUCAGUACGGUAGCAGCAUGGAUAAUAAAACAACUUUAUGGAUGGGUGAGCUUGAGCCUUGGAUGGAUGAAAACUAUAUAAGAACUGUUUGGUAUCAAUUAGGUGAACAAGUUAACGUGAAGUUUAUUCGGGACAAGUUCACAGGACAAAACGCGGGUUAUUGUUUCGUUGAUUUUGUUAGUAAUGCGGCAGCCGUUAAAGCGUUAAGCACAGUUAAUGGUACACUUAUUCCAAAUACUCAACGAGUAUUUAAACUUAAUUGGGCUUCAGGUGGUGGUAUAACUGAUCGAAACAGGGAUGAUCGAGGCCCAGAAUUCUCUAUUUUUGUAGGUGAUUUAGGACCUGAGGUUAAUGAAUGGAUGUUAGUGACUACUUUUCAACAACGAUAUCCAAGUUGUAAAUCUGCUAAAAUUAUGACAGAUCCAAUGACUGGCAUGUCAAGAGGCUACGGAUUUGUUCGUUUUGCUGAUGAGGCGGAACAGCAGCGUGCUCUUAUUGAAAUGCAAGGACUAUUCUGUGGCAAUAGACCAAUGCGCAUCUCAACAGCCACUCCAAAAAAUAAAACUGGUGCCAUUCCAACGCCAUACUUUACUCAACCCACACAACCUAAUCCAACUUUGACUCAGUACAAUGAUCCUAAUAAUACUACCGUUUUUGUUGGCGGAUUAUCGGGUGUUAACAGCUUUGGUGAAAUUACUUAUGUCAAGAUACCACCAGGCAAAGGUUGUGGCUUUGUUCAGUUUGUGCAUCGUCAAAGUGCAGAAAUGGCGAUUAAUCAAAUGCAACAUUACCCAAUCGGAAAUUCACGAGUUCGACUAUCUUGGGGAAGAUCACAAAAUGAUAAAACUGCAAUAACGACCGCCUAUCGGAAUCCUCAGCAAGCCAGUCCCUAUAACCCUCUCGCUGGGAUGACAUCAACCCCCGCUUAUCCUUCCUACCCCGCAACCACUCCUGUAGUCACAACGCCUGUUACUGCAGUACCAGCGCCGAUUCCUCAAGUUACUGUUGAUCCAUUGGAACCAAUUCCUGUUCAGCGUAUGAAUGAGAUGUACAUCUCUAAUAAGGAAGGCCUAAUUGAGAGAUUGGAUACAGAUGGAAGUAGUUGGAGAGGAAUCUAUGCACAAUAA